CAAAACAAACCGCGACAUUUUGAAAAUAACGAACAGAGGGGUACGUUCGAGUUGAACUGUUGUAAUGCACAUUAUAUCACACGUCGAAAAUAUGACAUCAAUCGCGGAUAUCAACAUAACUGUCAUUUUUGAAAAGCAAAGGACGGAGAAGCACAACCGAGUGCUGAAAGCGUUUGCUGAACACAACGAUAUUAUCGCUGAACUGAGCCACUGCCACAAACAGUUUGUCAAAUUGUCUCGAGAUGGAGGUUUAAAGAACUGUGCGGAUGACGAGAUACUGUUUGAGACUGCUGAACGGUUUAAAAAAGAUUUGCAGCACAUGAAUGCAUUUUCGCAGGAGAAAAGGCGCACUAUUGCAGAAAUUAAAUCCAAUCCUGCUCAGAAGGAAAAGCAGACUAUUCUCCAGGAGAUUGAGGAUCUUAAAGAAGAACAAUCUGUGAGAAGAGAGUUAAUUGAGUCCCAAUAUAAAGCAAACAAGGACCGACUGAAGAACCUGAAAAAAGCCAGAUUAAUCUUUCAGGAUUAUUUGGGGUUGGAAAUACGAAAAAUUAAUGAUGAAAAGUUGCAGUUUGUGUUCCGCUGUAUCGACCGACCUGAUCUGAACCGUCCAUACGUCAUCACAAUGGGACUCAAGAACGAUAGAUCAUAUCAAAUUGUGUCCAGCCAGCCUGCACUCAAGUGUCUGCCCGACUUGGAGAAAUGGCUCCAGGAGACCAACAAUUUACCAGUUUUCCUGAAAAAUGUCAGGUUGCAGUUUAUUGCCCAAGCUUGAUAAAACAUGAUUUUAAAAAAAGACAAUAAAGAUUAGCAGCAAACUCUCAUGUAUGUUGUAAAAUAGAACUUGUAAGCAAAAGAAUAGACAUAGACUCAGGACUUGCAUAUGUGGAUUUUAAAAAUGCUUCUGGGUUGGUAAAUAUAUAGAUCUUAUUCUCACUAUGUAUUUUACCAGUCAGAUGUUUAGAUACCCCUUGUCAUUCAAUAGUAUGAGGAAGUGACCAAAACCUGUGACUUGUACUGUACAUACUACUUUUGUAUAAAAAUGUAUAUAAACAUGUCAUAACUCAUUUGAUCCUCAAAACCCUUUUUUAAAUAUGCAUAUAAGAUUGCACAGUUUAACAAAUGGCAUAAAUGUACAUGUACAACUGACUGACUUAUUAACCAAUUCAAGACAUUGCCACUACAAAGAAUUAUUUUUAUAUAUAUAUAUAUAUAUAUAUAUAUACAAAUUGUACGCGUUGUUGGCUCCAUUUGGAAGCUGCAGUUGUAGUCAGACUUCAGGUGAUAUCAUAUUGCUUAGCGCAGGCAGCUCCUCAACAUAGGUGGCUGGAAAAUGACCUGUCUGGCCAUGAAGUGCACCAAACCACCAGCCAUUCUUAUCCUUUGUGUAAAUGUCUAGUAGAUCCCCUAUGAAACAUGAUGUUAUUUUUCAUAUCUCCAUUCUGCUUUUUGAAGUGUUAGGCGAAUUUAAAUUCUAUCGUACCUUCUUUUAGCAUUAAUUCAUCACUGCGUUGAGGAGUGAAGCUGUAUAAGGCCUUGCAUUGCCCCACGGUGCAAACAUCUGGUGUUCUUUGAACUGUUCAUUUGGUAUAUGUUAGUGUUUAGUUCCAAAUAAAUAUCUGAUGUAUCUAAAUGUCUAAUUUGUACC